AUGCUCAUUCUGGCACUUCUAGAUUUCGCUGUGGAGGCGAUCGUUUUUGGUUUGUAUGUUUUUAUAUACUGCAAUCCUAAAUCCUCCAUAUUGAUAUCUAAAAUAAUUCCUCAUUCAUUAGAUAUCCUAAUCUUCUCGAACGCAUAUUUUAUUAUUAUACUGAACAGACGAAUUCGUCAACGCGUGCUUGGUUUUCUGGGAUGUCCAAGAAAGUUACAAAAAAGAGGUGCUGCUACUCCAAGUAUCCGGAGCUACACUCACAGCAAUGUUCACAUCACCCGUUACUGA